AUAACCAUCUCUACUACUCGUGAUUUUCACUCCACAAGGAACGCAGGCAUAGCUGACUCCUUUUUCCUGUUUUAUUCUUGUUCGGUGUAGCCAUGAUUUCUGUAGACGCUGCUCGGACUGUGGUUGGCAUUGUAGGCAACGUAACAGCAUUGGGAUUGUUCCUCUCACCUAUGCCCACCUUCUGCCAUAUAUGGAAGAAAAGAUCGGUAGAGCAGUUUUCACCAAUCCCAUACCUUGCAGCCCUUCUCAACUGUACUCUAUGGAUGUUAUAUGGGCUCCCCAUGGUCCAACCACAUUGCAUCUUGAUCGUAACCAUCAACGGUUCAGGCUUUCUCAUUGAGCUCUUCUAUGUCCUCAUGUUCAUCUACUACUCCGAUAGAAAGAAACGGAUGCAGGUUCUUGUUAUGCUUCUCCUCGAGGUCUGCUUUUGUGGUGCUGUUGCAGCUUUUGUGUUGCUGGUCGUCCACACUCCGGAACGACGGAGCCUGAUCGUUGGUAGUCUCUGCGUUUUCUUCACGACGCUGAUGUAUGCCGCUCCUCUGUCGGUCAUGAAAAUUGUGAUAAGGACAAGGAGUGUGGAGUUCCUGCCUUUCUACCUCUCUGUCGCCUCUUUUGCUAAUGGUACUUGCUGGACUGCAUACGCUCUGAUUCGCUUCGACCUCUUCGUCAGCAUUGCCAAUGGCGUCGGCGUCCUGAUGGGGCUCAUCCAACUUGGAUUACAUGCUGCAUUUUAUAAAUCGACGAAGAAGCAAUUAGGGGCAAGGAAAGCAUUAGGAGAGACCUGCUUGGCAGAGAUAGUUUUGAUUGGAGACACGAGUAAAGUAUGCAAUGCACCUCAAAAUGGCCAUGCUACUCAAAUCAUCUCCAAGUGAAGUGUGUCCACCAACUCAUUUUAAGAGCGACAGAGACUUCUUUUGUUUUCUUGGCCUAUUUCCUUGUGAGAAUGGUAUUUCCUGUUUUACGGCGCCAAGAAUUAUAUAAUAAAUGCAACGUUAAACAGAUGCAUCAUUUGAAUUAGAUGGAGUUUAAUUUUAAAUCAUCAUCUUCAUGCUUCUUUGCAAUUGAAAGCAUGGGCAUUUGCCUUUUU